GACACUGAAAUCAUCAACACAGCGAUUCUGACCGGACGCACAGUGGCUAUUCCUGUCAAGAUGGUCUCCAUAGAGAUGAAUGGAGCCGUCACUGACGUCUCUGCCUUUGUGCAGUGCAAGUCCUCCAAUGAAGACAUUGUUAAGGUGUCCAUGAAUUGCGACUAUGUGUUCGUCAACGGGAAGGAGACGCGGGGGUCCAUGAGCGCCAGAGUGAUCUUCAGCUACGAGCACCUGAGCGCGCCGCUGGAGCUGACCGUCUGGGUGCCGAAACUCCCCCUGCAGGUGGAGCUGUCCGACAACAACCUGAGCUUCAUCAGAGGCUGGAGGGUCCCCAUCCUGCCCGACAGGAGAAGCACCAGAGACAGCGAUGCAGACGAGGAUGAGGAUGAGCCGCGGGUGAGUCGCGGCUGCACUCUUCAGUACCAGCGUGCCGGGGUCAAAGUGCUGACCCAGUUCCACACCACCUCCACGGAGGGCACGGACCAGGUGAUCACCAUGCUGGGCCCUGAUUGGCAGGUGGACGUCACGGACCUGGUGCAGGACUCCCUGAAGGUGGCCGACCCCCGGAUAGCAGAGCUGGUGGACCGGACGGUUCUGGUGGGUCUGGAGUUGGGGUCCACCACGCUGAAGGUGGAGUCUCCUCUGGCCGUGGACGCGGUGUUGGGAGAGUCUUCGUUCUCCGUCACGGACGAUAAGGUGUCCAUCACGGAGAUGAAAGUCCACGCCAUCUCCGGCCUGACUCUGUCUCUGCAGCCGAGUCCUGGAAACAGCCACACCAUGGUCGCCAAGGCAACCGGCGUCCAGACGCUCACCGCUCCCAAGCAGGAGGCCAGUUUGUCCAUCUGGAUGCUUUUCAGUGACAACACAGCCGCCACUCUGACUAACUUUGAUCCCAAAGACUACAACUUCAACGCCUCCUCGCUGGAUGACAGGGUAGUGAUGGUUUCCCAGGAGCCUCAGCAGCGCUGGCCUGUGGUCGUGGCAGAAGGGGAGGGAUCCGGAGAGCUGGUGCGUUUAGAGAUGACCAUCUGUGAGGCCUGUCAGAAGACCAAGCGCAAGAGCGUCAUCGCAUCUGCUUCGGUUUAUGUGAAGGUCCGCUUCGGCCCAGAGGAGGAUUCUGAGGAGGAGGGGACCACCGAGGGGGAGAUAGAGCUGGCCCCCUUCACCAGGCGGCCAAUCAUUGAUCCCAACAUCAGUGGAAGAAUUUAUGAGACAUCUAAUGAGCAGCCUGCCAGUGUUCCCAUCGAUUACACCAAUUUCCCCACCAUUAGCAACCAAGAGCGACCAACAGAGAGCGAUGAAGAAGAAGAAGAAGAAGAAGAGGAAGACGACUUUGUGCACUCACCUCGCAACAUGACUGACCUUGAGAUCGGCAUGUACGCUCUGCUGGGAGUCUUCUGUCUGGCCAUCUUGGUGUUUCUCAUCAACUGCAUCGUCUUCGUGCUGAAGUACCGCCAUAAGCGUAUUCCUCCAGAGGGUCAGGCCAACAUGGACCACUCCCACCACUGGGUGUUCCUGGGAAACGGCCAGCCGCUGAGGGCCCAGUGUGAGCUGUCUCCUCAGCAGAUAGAGAGUCCCAGUAAUCCUCUGGAGAGCGUACAGACUUGCUGCCACGGAGACCACCACAGCAGCGGCAGCUCCCAGACCAGCGUUCAGAGCCAGAUUCACGGGCGGGGAGACGGCAGCUCCGGAGGAUCCACGAAGGAGAACGGAGGAGAGGAGGCCAGUUCCCCCACCUCCAAGCGCAAGAGAGUCAAGUUCACCACCUUCACCACGCUUCCCACUGAGGAGCUGCCCUACAACUCCAUCCCCAUAGCAGACGAAGAGGACAUUCAGUGGGUGUGCCAGGAUAUGGGCUUUCAAGACCCAGAAGAACUGCACGAUUACAUGCGCAGAAUAAAGGAAAUAGCCUGAGGUCAUGAGGUGCAGCGUGAAGCCCGGCUCUCAGCUUUCUAAAGAAACUUUCCUUUCUAUUUUUCUCUUUUUCACCUCAGUGAAACAUCAUUUUUCACAGACUAAAAGGCCAACUGUUGUUUCGGUUAGGGUGUGUUCCAUUUAGUUUGCACAGUGCUGCUCAUACACGCUCACACAGAGGAGGAUGCGAGGAAGCCAAAGACUUGAGCAGAUCUCAAUCACUAGAGAAGCCUGUACAUCUCGGCUGUGUUUCACUGGGAAGCUGAGCCAUGACCAGACAGCUCUUUUUAUUUCCAGGAUUGUAUUCUAGCAGCCUGACAAGGACAGGAAUAGUAGAAGUUGUUUGGUAUCGGUGUUUUUGCUCAGUGGGACUCUGCAGUACUGUACCUACUCCAAACGAAAAUGCCUUUGAUGAACAAAAUAACUGUCAAAGACUCUCAUGAAAGCUAUGUUUUAAAAAAUAAUCUUUUUGUUUUUGCCAAAGUAGGACAAGCGUUCUUUUAAUGGCAAAACCUUCUUCAUUUGUUGUUCUUGGUGCAGCACACUCGUGAUUUGUACUCAUGUUCAUUCAUUACAUUUUUCUACAUUUCAUAGGUAGUCAGAAGCAGUGCCCUAUUACCAAUCCUCUUGGUCCUGAACAAAUCUAAUGCCUUAUAAAAAUGGUCACAGUUCACUUCUUAUAUCAGCGCGUUCACCCAGUUUCCUCACCACGGCUAGAGACGGCGUAGUAAGAUGUAAAAUACUACAAAUGAUCUCGAGCAUGAGGUAGAAUUAGAGAAAAGCUCGUUUAUUGUGAGGGUCUCUAACUUUCUUUGCAUGGAAAGGGAUCUCGAGGCACAAUCAGCAACUAUUUCCAAAUUUGUAAAUGUUUGUAUUGUAAUUAUAUAAUCAUUCAUACACAAGUAAAUAUGUUAUAAUACAUUACACGCAUGCCGUGUCAGGCCUACAUACAUGCAGACAUUCCUCUCUAUGUAUAUACCGCAUCGAGCACGAACGUUCAACAAGUUCCUUACUCAGAGCUGGAAGCCGGUUGAAACCUUGCCAACUGUAGUCUUGUUGUGAGUAGAAGGUUCCCCUUGGUGACGUCCUGACAGAACCGUAGCUUUUUAACAAAGUGGUAUCACAUUCGACUGUUGAACAUGGGGAUGCAUCAGAAUUGUAACAGAUCUAAUAUUUUGAUGAUUUAUUUUUUCUCUCCUCAAAUUCUACCCUCUAGCCUUCUGGGAAAAUAACAAACGUACUAGUUGGAAACAGUCGCACUGAACACAAGAGCCUCUAAACUCUCCAGGAAAUGUCAUUCACCCGAAAAAGAAAGACAGCUGAAUAAUUUCUAGAUUUGUCUCCAUCGUUUGAACCAUGGCCAUCUCAUGUUGUCAUUUUUGAAAACACACUCUACUAUGUAAGUAGUUCUUAUUUUGUUGAAUCUAUUCCAGUGAACACAUGUAUCGAGGUCACACAUUUGCUUUGACUGAACUCAAUGGGCAGGGUGAGAGAAGGACAGAAAUCAGGAGUUGUGUGGUUGUGACGACGUGUAAACGUUUCUCAGGAUUGGCUUCAUUGACGAAUCAACGUGAUUUAAACAGCACAGCUAGUGGAUGUCAUUUGCAGGUCUUGUUGUGCAGAAAGUGCUAAUUGCGAUAUUUAAAGGUUUACUGACACGGGUUUGAAAGUACACUCAAGCAGAAAAAGGGAAAAGAGCUGGCAGAUUUAGAAAGAACACAUCUUCAGUGAGUUUUCAAUCAAAACCUUGCAAAGGCAGCCGGCGAGUGAGAGCAUGGAGACAGCAGAGCUAAUAGUAUUUAGUUGCCCUGUUAGUGUAGCUGCUUUUUAGUCGUAGUGUGGAUCAUUGGAGAUGACGUCUGAAGGUUGAUGUUAGUCAAGCUCUGAUCUCACAUAAAACAUGUUAUUUUCAGGACUAAUGAAGCAGCCAUGUGAUAAAAAAUGUGUUUCUGUGUCACUUUCCUUUCAUUCCGUUCUGUACCUAAGGGCUUGGAUUCUUCUUUUAUGUCAUUUGACUUAUUUUGGUGAUCCUAUGAGAAAACGUUACUUGCUCCCCUAUGUGGUGAUAAUGAGCCUUAGCUCUACGGUACCAUAUAUGUCAAUCAAAUCUGUCACGGUUUUAUUGCAGAUCCUCGCUGCUCUUCAGCCCCCACAGCCUUAUUAAAGACCCAAUCCAGAAUUGUUCUAUUUGUGGCAGCACUGUUUUACUGAAACAUGGGAAGAAAUCAUUCAAUCCAAACUCAUAUUUCAUAUUUAAGAUGUGUUUCCUGAGCUCCUUAUUCAUUGGCUGGUGACCAGUAGUGCUUAAUGUGAUCUGAAAGAUGUAAUUGGUUUGCUUACAGCAAGAUUGUAAAUACUGGAGCAAAACAGGCUUUACUUUUCACUCAUCUGAAAGUUCCAAUGAGAUUAUUUUCAAUCAGCAAACUAUUCAAUAUUUGACAUGUACUGUAUAUAGAUCCACAUGUGAUCCUGGAUUGGGACUUUAAGUAUUUGGUUUACUGCAUGCCCUCUCUACUUUCCAUGUGGUUGAAAUGAAUGAUGACCUGAUUCUUGUUUGAUUAUAUACAAUCUGUGUAAAAAACAUGAUAUUUUGACAGUCCAAGCCCUGCCUUCGCCCUCAGCAUCAACACGAUUUGCCAUGAAAUGAAGAGAAGCAGCAGCCAGCCCAAAGUGUUUCCCUCCUAACCCUAAAUGAUGGAUUCUCAGGAUGAAUGUAGGAUUAUUAGCUAAACCUGGCUGUGUUAAUGUGGUCAACCCAAUUUGGUGACAGCACUAUGACAGAUUAAGUAUCUAAUAGCAGCUUUACACUCUGUUUCCAUUGGGUUUUCCCAUUAUAAUACGUCUCACAUUGAUUCUUAAAUCCUACUUCCCCCGUCCCUUUCCAUUUUAAGUCUUUUUGUAAUGCUGCUUUGGUGGUGGUGCACAUGUUGCUCAUUUUGUAUUUUCUUCAAGCUGCUAAUAGAAACUUAGUCUUUUUACAACAUGUUAUUGAACAUCUUGACUUAUACCUUCCCCCCCCCCCCCCCCCCCCAUGGAAACUGUGCACGAUGUGCACGGCUCAGUCUGUGCCAAGUAACCACUACACUCACAAUAAUAUGUUAUUGUACAGAGCACUGUUGAAUUUCCUGUAUUCUCUUGAAAAUAAACCCUUGUAUUUUUCCCGUUAUAUGUAAAGUACUAAAGAAAAUGCAAUACAUACAUGA